CUAAACACCGCGCGAGUUAGAAUUACUUUGGAUAACGACAAAUACUCAAUGCUGCUAAUUUAUAAUUGUUAUUUUUGUUUAGUACGUUUUAAUUUAGUUAUUUAUUGUUAGUUAAACUGUUUUAAAAUUUAUGUGUUGAAUAGGUAGUUAAGUGGUUUAGUUGUCAUGAAAGUGCAGUUCUAGUAAACGAGAGAGUAUGCUGCCGAUAAAGUGUUCUUGGAUUAAUAAUCUAAAUCGUUAAAAAUUAUCAUCAUUUCAUUACAAAAUUAUACACUGGGAGUUCUAAAAUACAAUGGCAGAGGGUAAUGGUGAAGUUUUGAAUGACCUUCAUAAGGUUGAGCUCUUAAGUGAUUCUGAACGCACAGCAGAUUAUCCUAAAUUAAUUGAAUAUGGCCUAGAUCAAAAGGUUGCUGUUAAAUUAGAUGAAAUUUAUAAAACUGGGAAACUUGCACAUGAAGAAUUAGAUGAAAGAGCUUUGGAUGCCCUACGUGAAUUUCCUAUAGACGGGGCCUUAAACGUACUUGAACAAUUUAUAGAUUCAAAUUUAGAACAUGUUUCAAAUAAAUCAGCAUAUUUGUGUGGUGUUAUGAAAACAUACAGGCAAAAAAGCAGAGCUGGUCAACAAGGGUUAUCAACACCAACGCCUGCAGCGCCUGCAAAAGGGCCUGACCAAGAAAAAAUUAAACAAAUUUUAGAUCGGACAGGUUAUUUAUUAGAUGUAACAACAGGACAACGCAAGUAUGGUGGUCCUCCACCAGAUUGGGAUGGGCCCACUCCCAGUACUGGCUGUGAAGUGUUUUGUGGCAAAAUCCCAAAAGACAUGUAUGAAGAUGAACUUAUACCUUUAUUCGAGAGUUGUGGCACUAUUUGGGACUUACGUCUUAUGAUGGACCCAAUGACUGGAACCAAUAGGGGCUAUGCGUUUGUCACCUUUACUACUAGAGAUGGAGCACAAAAUGCAGUUAGAGAGCUAGAUAAUCAUGAAAUUAAACCCGGCAAGAGUCUGAAAAUAAACAUUAGUGUACCGAAUCUCCGACUUUUUGUGGGCAACAUACCAAAAUCUAAAGGCAAAGAGGAGAUCUUGGACGAGUUUGGUAAAUUGACAGCUGGUCUAAUGGAAGUAAUCAUCUAUAGUUCACCUGAUGACAAAAAAAAGAAUAGAGGGUUUUGCUUCUUAGAAUAUGAGUCACAUAAAUCAGCAUCUUUAGCAAAACGUCGUUUAGGUACAGGUCGUAUUAAGGUUUGGGGAUGUGAUAUCAUUGUGGAUUGGGCAGAUCCACAAGAGGAACCAGACGAGCAGACUAUGAGUAAAGUGAAAGUGCUAUAUGUAAGGAAUUUGACACAAGAUAUCAGUGAGGAGAAAUUGAAGGAAUCAUUCGAAACAUAUGGACGUGUGGAGCGCGUGAAGAAGAUCAAAGAUUAUGCAUUUGUUCAUUUUGAAGAUCGGGACAAUGCAGUGAAAGCUAUGCGGGAUCUAGACGGAAAAGAAAUGGGCGGGUCGCACAUCGAAGUAUCACUCGCCAAACCGCCUUCAGACAAGAAGAAGAAAGAAGAAAUACUACGUGCCAGGGAAAGACGAAUGAUGCAGAUGCACUUAGGACGUGGGGGAUGUUCGCCGUCCCAUCCCAGCAUGAUGGGGGCCGGCAUGCCACCCGUGCGCGGUCUGCCCGGUCCCAGAACUGCCGGCGCUAACAUGAGGGGUGGUCCCAUGGGUCGCAGCGAAUUUGAUUAUGAUUACGACUAUUACGGGUUUGGGGAUUACCGAGGCGGCUACAGCGAACCAUAUUUUGAUGACUAUUACCGUUAUGAAGAUUACUAUUUCGAUUACACGUCUCCUCAAGGUGCCAGAGGAGCUCAUGGCAGAACGCUAUCGGCUGGUGGACGUGGAGCAACAGCGCGUGGUCGAGCCGCUGGGCACCGUGGGGCGGGCAACAGCAGUCGGCAGGCGGCGCCCCAGCGGCCGGGACAGGCACCGGGGCCCGCAACAACCGCAGCGGGGCCGGGGCCGGCCCGUGGGGGACGGGCACGGGGGGCCAUCGCUCGUGGCAACCCCCGCGUCAAGGGAAGUUUACCAGGUAAACGGAAGUUGGACGGGGGUCACCAGAACCAGGGGGAAUCUAAGAGGCGAUACGGCAGCAGUUGGGGAAGUCAGCCACUUGCCCAACAACCGCUGGGAUCUAAUGGUGAACAAUGGUACACCGAUAGCUAUCAGCCAUGGAGCUAA